GGCGACACGAUGGGACGAGGUGGAAAAUGGACCGGCUGGAGAGACGCUUACUGAGGAGAGACUUGGCUUUCUUCCUCGCUCUCUGAUCACCCUGGGAAUGCCCGUCUUAUGAAACUUGCCCAUCGCCUCCUUCCCCACUGGUGUGCGAUGGGACACCUUCCCUGCCGCAAGACUAACUUCUCGGUGGGGAAAAAAAAGAUCCCAGGAAAGCACGAAUCCGCCCUUGCUGCCCAGCGUCGAUCCCCGGGGAAGCCCCAUCGCCGGAACAAUGCAGCAGAGGCGUAAGGAGGAACGGGAUCGCAAAUGCCUUGGGAUAUAAUCGCCGAGGAAGGCACCCCAGACGUCUGAGGAGACUAGCCGUUGGGUUACUUCCUCCUCUUCCUCCUCCUCCUGCUCCGUCACCACUGCCACCAUCAUCCCCGUUUCUCCCCACAUGGCCAAUAUAUCCCCGUGGCAUUCUGCAUGGUCCAGAAACCCCGUGCCAGCUCUGGAUGCCCACUGAAAACGAUUUUUGCCUUCUCGAGAGGAAAUCCGGCCACCCCCCCGUAAGGCUCUUCUUAUACCGACACCACACAAGAGCAGCGCCGGAGUUUAAAUGCCCCUUUUUUCGCUCUCCAAGGUGCUGGAACACAGAGGGGGGGAGGCGGUGUGCUGUCCAGGGUCCUGAAAUUGCCGGCGUCUCGCGCGUCCAAGCUCAGCCGCCGCCGCCGCCUCUCUGCUCACGCCACCUCUAAACUACUCACAAAGGAUUGUAUGCACAAAUUAGCAAACGAAGUGGGGUUGAGCCAGAAGUCUCCACCAUUUUAUUUAUUCGGGUAUUUAUUUAUUUAUUUAUUUUGCUGCUAAGUGCCAAUCUCUUGCUCUCACUCGUGGACUACAAAUCCCCUCCGUCCUGAAAAAUGUGUAACCUCAAUGCACUUGGAGUCUACUUUUGGGAGACCGUAGUAUUCUUCAGCCUCGCCACGUCCAAAGAAACGGGAGCAGCAGCCCGCUCUGCUGCUAAGCUUAUGUCCCCUUCUGAUUUUCUGGAUAAGCUGAUGGGAAGGACAUCAGGAUACGAUGCCAGAAUCAGGCCCAAUUUUAAAGGCCCUCCAGUGAAUGUCAGCUGCAAUAUUUUCAUCAACAGCUUUGGGUCUAUUGCAGAAACUACAAUGGACUACAGAGUGAAUAUUUUCCUGCGGCAGCAGUGGAAUGAUCCCCGGCUGGCAUAUAAUGAGUAUCCUGAUGAUGCCCUAGACUUGGACCCAUCGAUGUUGGACUCCAUCUGGAAGCCAGAUUUGUUCUUUGCCAAUGAGAAAGGAGCUCACUUCCACGAGAUCACAACAGAUAACAAACUCUUGCGUAUCUCGAAAAAUGGUGAUGUCCUGUACAGUAUCAGGAUCACCUUGACAUUGGCCUGCCCCAUGGACCUGAAGAAUUUCCCCAUGGAUGUCCAGACGUGUAUCAUGCAGCUAGAGAGCUUUGGCUACACAAUGAACGAUCUGAUAUUUAAGUGGCAGAAGAGUGGUGCUGUGCAGGUUGCUGAUGACUUAACUUUGCCCCAGUUCAUCCUGAAGGAAGAAAAAGAUUUGCGUGAUUGCACUAAAAAGUACAACACAGGCAUGUUCACCUGUAUAGAAGCCCGUUUCCACCUGGAGCGACAGAUGGGCUAUUACCUGAUCCAGAUGUACAUCCCCAGUUUGCUCAUUGUGAUUCUCUCCUGGAUCUCCUUCUGGAUCAACAUGGAUGCUGCCCCUGCUCGAGUUGGUCUGGGUAUCACUACUGUGCUCACUAUGACCACACAAAGCUCUGGUUCUCGAGCAUCUUUGCCAAAGGUGUCCUAUGUUAAGGCCAUUGACAUCUGGAUGGCUGUGUGCUUGCUGUUUGUGUUCUCAGCUCUUCUAGAGUAUGCUGCUGUCAACUUCGUGUCCCGGCAGCACAAAGAGCUACUCAGGUUCAGAAGAAGAAGGCGGCACCACAAGAGCCCUAUGUUUAAUAUAUUUCAGGAAGAUGACACCGGAGAAGGCAGAUUCAACUUUUCAGCCUAUGGGAUGGGACCAGCUUGCCUGCAAGCCAAGGAUGGCAUCUCUGUCAAAGGACCCAACAACAACAACACCGUCAACCCACCGCCCCCGCCUUCCAAGUCUCCUGAUGAAAUGCGCAAGCUUUUUGUCCAACGAGCCAAGAAGAUAGACAAGAUUUCACGGAUUGGCUUUCCCAUGGCUUUCCUCAUUUUCAAUAUUUUCUAUUGGAUCAUCUACAAGAUUGUCCGAAGGGAAGACGUACACAAGCCAUGA